AUGAGCAGUGAAGUGCCCCGCGUGUACAGAGAGAUAAUAGAAGAGGUGAUUCGAAAUACUACGGAGAACAACUACAGAAUUGGAAUAGAUAAAAAUGUGCUGGAGGAAAUAAAAAGUACCUGGAUUGCAAAGAUAUGUGAGUAUACAGAUAUAGGAGAGUAUAAAAUACUAAGCUAUGACAAUAGAAUGAACAUGGAGGGAUACUACUCAGGCGGAUACCCAUAUUCAGACUAUGGGUACAACAAAGAGUACUCAUACUAUUACCAGGAUAAAGAAGAAAAAGACGACUCGGAGGACCAGUAUGACGGGCUUCCAGAGGGAAACGAGGAGGAGCUAGACUCAAAUGAUCUCUCAGAGAGUGACUGCGAUAUAGAGAGCGAAGAGCCCACCAAGAACGUUAUGCUAUGUCUUUUUGAUAAGGUCACUCGAGUAAAAGAUAAAAGGCGAUGUACAUUAAAACAUGGGUUUCUUACAAUUGGGCGCACCGACUAUACCUUCAAUGUGGCCAAUGGCGACUUGGAGUGGUAA